CGCGCGCGGUCCUUCAGGCGUCGUUUGAGAAGCAGCGAGUUCGGACCCGAGCGGCGGAGUGCGCGCAGUGUGAGACGUGGAUGUCAUCAGGUCGCCUCAACUUCGACUGAAGGUCACAACGCGCCGAGGGAGAGUCGCGUGUCGACAUUUUCGAGUGUAGUCCCACUGAUGCCGGGACGUCGCUGAAGCGCCCCCGUCGGUCGGUCGGUCCCCCGCGCGCCCCCCCCCCCCACCCCCCCGGUCUCGUCGCCCUCGGUUGACCAAUGCUUCUGCAUCAGUUCAUGAACGGAGCCCUGGAAGUCAUGCAUCCCACGUCGCUCCAGAAGGACACCACCUUCACCAAGAUCUUCGUCGGCGGGCUGCCGUACCACACGAACGACGCCUCCCUCCGAAAAUACUUCGAGGCCUUCGGGGACAUCGACGAGGCGGUGGUGAUCACGGACCGACAGACCGGCAAAUCCAGAGGAUACGGCUUUGUGACGAUGACGGACCGAGGAGCGGCCGAGAGGGCCUGCAAGGAUCCCAACCCCAUCAUCGACGGCAGGAAGGCCAACGUUAACCUGGCUUACCUGGGUGCCAAGCCGCGCAGCCUACAGACGGGCAUAUCCAUCGGAGUGCAGCCCAUUCACCCAGCACUCAUCCAGAGGCAGUAUGGGUUGGCCCAGCCGUACGUGUACCCACAGGCCUACGUUCAGCCCAGCCUGGUGCUGCCCACUCAGGUUCCCAACUCCGUCAGCAGCAGCCCCUACCUGGACUACAGCACAGCCUACAGCCAGUACGCCCAGGCCGCCUUUGAGCAGCAGUACCCAUACGCCGCCUCCCCAGCCGGCUUCCUCGGCUACAGCUACACCACCAGCCCCACGGCCUCCGCCGGCCCAGCCGCCGCCGCCACAGCCCCGGCCACCGUCCACCCAACCCUCCCCUCUGCUGCCGGCCACGCCCAGGCCUUCCUGCACUACGCCCCGCAGCAGCACAUCCAGCCGGACCGCAUGCAGUGAGCCAGAGAGGCAGCUGGGAAGAGAGGGGGGUGGUACAGGUGGAGGAGGAGUAGGGGAGUUGUGGUCGCUGACCUUUGAACAGACGAUGGUGAAACACCCUACAGGGUGACCCGGCUGUCGUCACCAGGGGCUUUCAGGAAAAGGGUUGGACAAUUGCACUAUACGAUCAGGAUGGGCCAUUUGCUCAUUGGUUAAACAGUAGAAGGGUGGGUGGGGAUUCGAGGACUGUCGAGGUUCAGGUUGGGAAGCUAAACGGCGUAGAGUAUAUGGUCGCUUCCAAGGGCUUCCAGGAGCGGACACUUCAUUUUUAAUUAUUAUUAUUAUUUUUAUUGUCCUUUAUUAUUAUAUUAAUGUCAUUGUCAUUUUUUUUUUUGGUUUAUAUGCGAUUUAUUAUCAAUGUUAUCAUAGGUUGUGGCUCAAUCAGUGGAAGUGGUGUGUCCAUGGUACAUAUUGAUGUUUUAAGAGCUGUCUGGGACAUGAGGCACCUCCUCCCCCCACGGCCACACCGUAUCUCGGGUGGAUAUGAAGGGUCCAGUCAGAGAUGGAGGUGCAGGGUGGUGAUUGGGAAAAGCAUACAGCCGGCAACUCGCCAUAUCUGUCGUCCCACCCUGGAGGUGGAGCACUGUCCCGCGAACAAACCUCCAGCAUUCGGCGCCACUCAGGAGGACGGCGAGAGAUUUCAGCUCAAGGGGGAAAAAAGGAAAGUUUUGGUGUAAGACUGUGGCAGCACCAUUGUCUUGAGAGUGUGAUGUCAGGACUACUUUUUUUAUUAUAAUUAUUCUUUUGAAUUAAAGAGGCCUUAAUAAAGAGAACCUUUUUGAAUCUCUUGAUUCUUCAAGCGCUAGCCCCAUCACAGAACCGAGUGCAGAGAGCCCCUGUGUAACUGCAGCAGACUGUUACAUUACUCUUGCUCACUUGGGUCUUGAUCAUUUCAGAUGGAUGUAGAUAAUCACAUGCAGUACGUGGGUGAUGGAGACCAGGAGCGCUGUGUAUCGAUGUUGAAAGGUAGCUGACACUGAGCUCAAACACCAGUGUAUUGUUUUUUUCUUCUUCUUUUUUUCUGAGAUUGAAAUGUUGCUCUCAAAAGGACAUUCAUGUAUAGCAUUUUAAAAUGUUUUCAGUCAUUCAGUACAUUUACAAUAUUUAUAUGUAGGUAUUUAUAAGAGGUACUAAGUUAAAAUUGUUUUUGUUUUUUGUUACAAUGACUGUAGUUGUGGCACUGAUGUCAUUUAACUUGCAGAUCCACAGGUGUUGUAUUCAUUCUGUUUCGUUCUGUCACCAUGUGAGUGGAUUUGCCCGAGUGCUCAUAACUGCAGUAGAAAGUAGUUUGUUGAUCCUCAACUGGUUGCAUCAGAAAUUCUCUAGUUUUUUUUCAAUAAAAAUGUCUUUUACAGUCCCCCUCAAAGAAGCCAUACCAAAAAAAAUUAAAAUUAAAAUAAAGAAUUUGUAAUUAAA